AUGGAUUCUGAAUCAAAGAACAGUUUCAUAGGAAGCUUUCUUCAGCCACCAGAUAAGAUGCUUCCUGCAUCCUUUGCUUAUAUAGAAUCAAAGAAGUUGGCAGCUGUUGGUGGUGACAGGCCUUCUAUCCCCAAUAACCAAGCUGUGGUGGCAGCCCUGAAAACUCUACAGGAAAAGAUCCGCCGUCUAGAGUUGGAGAAGUCACAGGCUGAAGAUAAUCUGUGCAGCCUGUCCAUAGCAGCUGCUCAGUAUAAGAAGGCCUUAGAGCAUGAAUCCUACAAAAAUGACACAGCACAUCAAGAACUCAUGCAACAGAGGAAAGAUGUAACUGUGCAGUUAAAUGCAGCACAAUCUCGCUGCUCCCUGCUGGAGAAACAGCUGGAUUACAUGAGGAAAAUGGUUUCCAGUGUGGAACUGGAAAAGAAAAUGGUUUUAGAACAACAGGCCCAGCUUCAGAAAGAGGAAGAUCAGAACCGGUUAGAACUGCAUGCAAAACUGGAAAAGCUUGAAAUGCUAGAAAAAGAGUGUCUUAAACUUACUGCUACUCAGAGAAUUGCAGAAGACAAGAUCAAACACUUAGAAGAAAAGCUUCGUGAAGAAGAGCAUCAGCGUAAGCUAAUACAAGACAAAACUGCUCAGCUUCAGGCAGGAUUUGAGAUAAACAGAAUUUUGAUGUCUUCAGUAACAUCUCAAAACAAACCUAAAAAGGAAAACGGGAAGAAGAAAAAAACUAAGAAGAGAAAUCCUACAAUGAAGAAAAUGCAUCUUUCACCAUUGCAUGUAAAGGCUGGUGAACUACCUUUUGUGGCUGGGAAGUCUGUCGGUUCCAGCCAUUCUGUUAGUGCAAACGUACAAAGUGUGUUGCAUAUUAUGAAGCAUCGCAAUCCACGUGUCUCAUCACGAAGCCAAGGAGGAGCUACAUCUGGGAUUGCAGGACACAGUGCAUUUUCAAAAUCUGUAUCCUCUUGUUCCACAUCACCUACUGCUACCAGAAGUCUUUCAGACCUUCUGUUGACCGUACAAGACGAACUGGGCCAAAUGAGCUUUGAGCAUCAAGAACUUCUGAAGCAGAUACAGGACACUCAAGACUCCAAAGUUCGUGAAGACCUAGAACAGGUGCUGGAUUGCCUUGUAAAGCAAAUGGAGAUUAAAGGAGAACAAAUAUCCAAGCUGAAAAACCAUCAGGCUACCGUGCAGAAAUUAAAGAGAAAAACUCAGAAAUUGAAGCAAGAGACAGCUCAUGACAAACUAAAGUGUGGUGACAAAAAGAAAGCAAAGGAGAUUGCAGUUACUGUAAGGGAAAGUAUGUCUAAAUCUUGUCCUGGGCAGAAAAGCAGAAGCUCUCUUCAGCUGCUAAAAAAUGUGCAGAAACUUCAGUCAUCACUGAAAAAAGAUGAUAUCAUGUGGGAAAAACAGUUCUGA